UUUAAAAAAAUUAGAGUGUUCUUGACAUGGUCAGGAUUGUUUGUUGCACUGUCUGGUGGUGAAACUGUGUUUGGAAGACCAUUUUGUGCUGAGUAUACGUUGGAGAAGGAAGGGUUUGGUGAUUUGUUGUUAACAGUAGUACAUCCUCUUCAUCUUCAGCUUUUAUCUGAGAAUGAUUGUAAUAAUGUUACUGUUUUGAAUGAUUUUAAGUAUAAAAGCAUUGAUAGUGAACUUGUUGGUGUUGUUGGUUGUGAUCCAUGGCUUUUGAAAACCAAUUCUGUUUUUGUAACUUGGCACUUUAUAAAUGGUGUUAAAGAAGAAUUACAUUAUGAAAUUGUUUCGGUUCCUUUGAAUGAUGUUGAGGGACUAAAUUCAUCUGCGAUAACAAGGACUUCAUCUUAUUUUUAUGGAAAAUUGAUUGCAAGGUUGGCUUUGAUAGCUGAAGAGGUUUGUUUCCUUGAUGUGAUUCCAAAAGUUAAGAAGUAUUUGAAAGAGAUCAUUGAGCCUUGGCUUGAUGGAGCUAUCAAAGAAAAUGGAUUUCUAUAUGAUCAGGAAUGGAGAGUAGUUGUUACAAAACAAGGAUGUUCUGAUUCUAGUUAUGAUUUUGGAUCUGAAUUUUAUACUUCUCGACUAUAUCAUUUGAGAUAUUUCCUUGAUGGUAUUGUUAUUCUUGUAAACAUUGAUCCAUGUUGGGGUAAGAAGUAUAAAUGUCGGGCUUAUUCACUUAUGCAAGAGUUUAUGAACUUGAGCACAUGUUCGAACCCGAAUUAUACACAUUUAAGGUGUUUCGAUCUAUAUAAGUUUCACUCUUGGGCUGGAGGGUUAAAAGAAUUUGAAAAGGGAAGAUAUCAGAAGGGAACUAGUGAAGCUGUUAUUGCAUACUAUUCUGCUCGCUUGAUAGGUUUAGAAUAUGGUGAUGCCAAUGUUGUUACUACUGGACCAACCUUAACAGCUUUGUUAAGUAUAAGAGCUCAAAUGUGGUGGCAUGUAAGAGAAGCAAUGAAUAUGCGUGAGGAAAAUUUUAGACCAGGGUUUUGGUGCUAGACACAAUGUAUGGUUGACAUUCAAGUUUCUAUUUCAAAAGUGUUGUUUUAUGAUGUUGAAUAUGUGAAGGAACUUGCUGGGUUGGGAUUGCUUGGUUUGGGGAAGGCUGAGAAGAGUUUGUGCAUGCUUUGUAGAGAAUUUGUGAUAAGGAAGGUGCUUUGGAGAAGAUAAGAUAGUUAAGUGGUUUUGAUGAUGGAAAUUCGUUGAGUAAUCUAUCGUGGAGGAUUCAUAGUAGCUUUUUUUUUCUCUCAUUUUAUUCAGUUGAAUCCUCUUAUAAUUUUCUGUACCAGCAAAUUAAUUUACUGCUACAGACUCAAACAUGAAGGCAGCGAUUGUGGCAAAUUUUGCCUGGAAUUUAUUGCAUGAAAGGUUACCUACCAGAGAAGCUUUGGGGAAGAGAGACAUGCUUUUAGAUCAAAAUCCGCAAUCUUAUCUUGUAACUGAUACUAAACAUGUACACUGUACCACAUAGGAACAAGUUGUACAACCGCAUUUACAAAAUAGGACUGCGGUCUGAUGAAUAUAAAUGUACUUAUAUACAAAAACCUUUGAAAUCAAAGUUUUUAAUAAUGUGAUAACAUGUGACUGAAAAUUUUAAUAA